CGGGCCCAAGUUGAGUGCGAAAGCUGGAAGAGGAUACGGGCCACCGGUACUGGUACUGGCAGCAACACCUAAACAUGGCCACGACCGAGGAACUGGCCAGAGUCCUCAAGGACCUCCCGUUGAAAAUACAGACGGCGAGCUUGACCGAGAGAAAGAACGUUUUUGAUAACGUCAAGUCAGUUUUGACAAAUCCAGGGUUCAAUGAAAAUGUGGUUCGUGGAUUAUGCAAGGUGGUACAAAUGGCACUAUCGAGAUACAGGGACUCCAUGUCCCAAAGUUAUCUUACGUCUAUUGUCGGUUCUCUCUCUCUAAUUCACCCCGAAUGGACUUUGAAGCACUUGUCUCCGAUAAUAACAGAAGUGGCCAAUGGCAGUGCAUCUAUUGUCCCAACGAAAAGUACGGCCCAGUCGAAUCUGUACGCAUUGACUUGGAGUGCUCUACUUUUGACGAAUACUUUAAACAAAGUUAAAGAAGAAUUAAAAUCAGAAAUAAAAAAUAUCAUCAAUGCCCAAGCAAUACUUUUAACAUCUAUACUUGCUGCUAAUAAUCAGAAAAAAUCAUAUAAGGCUCAGCAUAUAUUAUCAUCAAUAUGGAAGUCAGAUGAUAAAAUGAUAAUACUUUACGAGAAAGGAGUUCUUGCACUUCCUGAAUCUCCAUCUUCAGUCGUAUUUGGCUCAAUUUUUGUGAAUUAUUUACACAAAGAAAAGCACACUGAGACCAUAAAUUCCUUAAAGGCAAGAUUAGUUGAAUUACUGGUGAAAACGGUAAUCGGAAGUAAAACUAGAAUUCCUUCUCAUGUCGUCACAUCUUGCAAGCCUCUUCUGGUUCUUGUCAAUCACAGCGAAUUUUCCGAAGUGUUACUUCCAUCUCUGCAAAAGGCUUUGCUCAGAAAUCCUGAAUUGACUCUCCACGUUCUUGAUAAACUGCUUGCCAACGUAUCGAUUGAUCUUAGCAAGUAUGCGGUUGAUUUGGGAAAAACCAUCGCAAACAAUUUGUGCAGUAAUGACGAUGAGACGAGACAUCAAGCGUCUGAAGGACUAAAAGCCCUCGCCACUCAGUGCAGCGAUCCAGACUCAAUUAGUGCACUUGCGACACAUCUUUUUCAAGAUUUCAGCAGGUCCCAAGGGAAGAUUACUGUCGCAUCGCACAAGCUUACAAUUCUUCAGGGAAUAGGUAAUCUCAGUUUCAAUGCAGUGACUGGAGGCAGCGUUAAAACAUUGGCCCAAAAUGUGGCCGAGCAGUUUGUCAAAAUUUUGGAAGUUGAAGUUCAUGAGAAAACUUUAGUUCAUUGCUUAGAAAUGAUGUCUUUAUGGUGCGCCAAGUUUACAACAAGCGUACCAGAUAAUGUUAUCGCCUGGCUUGAAAAAGGAAUUGGUCUAAAGAGUUCUACACUCCUUGUGAGAAUAUCGUACAUUGAGACCAUGUCCGUUUGCUGUCGUUCUGCGACUGCAUCUCAAACGUCUAAGUACAUUCCUUUACUCCUUAAAAGUGUCGAGAAAGCUGCUACUCAACCAACUCAGGCACUUGUUGUGACUGAAGGUUUGAGUGCUGCAUGUCUAUUAUUAAAACUGUCAUCUUAUGAUUCUCUAGAAUCAAAACUUGGCUCAUUAUACAGCAUUAUCCUUGAUAUGGAAAAACAGAUAUUUUUAUCUGAAAAGUUCCUUUCCCAGGCUUCAACUGACGCACUUUGCCAUGUUGUCAAGUUGUGUGAAAAAAUACUCAUGGAGCAUAUGUCUGAGGUCAUCGGAAGUCCGGUGCCACUUUAUAGGGCACUUGUUAUUUGCCUGACUACACGAGCUGUGAAGGUGAAAUGCAAGCCGAUGCUACAAAGGAUGUUUUCGUCUCUCCAUGGGACUCAAAUAGCCAUCGCGCUUUUUGAAGAAUUCACCAGCUUACUCAUUUCGAAUAAAUUUGCUAAUACUGGAAGACAAAAGAGUGAAAAGAAUAAGGAAACUGAAGAAUCCAACAAUGAAGAAGUGAAACCGAAGCAUUUAAUAGAAGCGAUUACUAUUUUAUGCUCGGGAACAAAUCUGUCCAAAGAUGACAAAAAUUUGCUGGCCUAUCACUUAUUAGUUGCCUGUCAUCAUCCCAUAAUUGUAACUGCACAGAGUAGUCUAUGGAUUAAAAUGUUAAAAUAUUUUAAAUUAGAUUCCGAAAAAUUUAUAAAGCAGCACGUGAAUCAGUUAACUAAACUUUUAAUUGAAAACUUCACACCGCAUCCAAGUUAUGUGAAUGCAUUAAGGACAGUGACUAAAUUAAACCACAAAGUCAUUCUUCCUCCUCUUUUGGUCAAGAUCAAGGAUGUCCUGUCGGAUCAAGAUUUGUUGAACGUAUCAGACCGCGAAUACGAAAUUUUCUUGUGUCCACCGAACGAGCUUUACGAUAAAUCAGUCAUUUCCAACAAAGACAACGAUUCAUCUUUGAAUAUUAAAAACAUGAAGAGGGAAAGUAAAGUUUAUUCUUAUAAAGAACAGCAGGAAGAAAUUGCUUUAAGGAAAGAACUGGAAGAUAAAAAACGGAAAGAAGGAAAGCUUACUGAACCCGAAUUGACUCCAAAACAAAAAGAAAUGGUCAAGAUCCAAUUGGAAAAAGAAGCCUUUAUCCGAAAUAGACUCAGAUUGGCUGAAGACAAGCUAGUUAAAGCUUACAACAUACUACUAGCUGCGUGCCAAGGAGCCCCUAUGGAGCUCUCUCUAGAGUUUCCGGUUUUAAUCCCUUUAAUUAUUAGAGGUUUGAAUUCUCCUCUUUGUGCCAAACACCUGUCGGACUUGUACAUCUAUUUGAGAAAGUCCGCUUUCCUCGGAGUUAAUAUUCCUGUCGUUUCAAUAGACAAAAUCACACACACUGCGCUAAGAUUACUCAAGCCUAAAUGCCAACUCGAUCCAUCAUGGGAGGACGAGGAUUUAGGUAAAGCGAUGAAAUGGACGAUAAAUGAGAUCGACAAGGCUAGUCAAGAAGUGACAGCGCCAGCUCUAACUUUCUUACUUCCGAUGAUCCAAUGUACUGUGAAUUGCGUUUCAUCCGCUGACCCUCUUUUAACCACAUGCAUCCACAUCCUAAGCACUCAGUGUAAAUUGAGGACUUACAGAACCGAGCCAAAUCUUCACAGCCCAACCCUACUCCCUAGAAAGCAGAUAAUGAUGCUUUGCAUCGAAAUGAUAAGUUCAACAACAGGAAGGAUACAACAGCAGGCCAGUGCUUGUUUAUUGGAGCUUGCAAAUGCUUCAUGUGGUGCUGAAGGAUGUGCUGUUGCGUCAAUUGACGAAAUAGAAUGUCUACUAAUGGCUCUACAACACUCUUCCCACCAUGUUAGAGAUGCUGCUCUAAGGGCAUUGCUCGUUCUCAUCCCAGUAUUUCCAAAACCUAAAAACAAUGCCGACCAGAUUUUCAACAUAACGAAAAGAUUAUGGGCAGCUCAGUUUGAUAUCGUUGUGGAAAACAGAACUAUCGCUCAACAAGUGUGGGAAGCGGCAAAACUGAAAUCCAACUUACAAGGGUUAAGCGAAGGACUAUUACAAGAUAUUGUCCAUCCGGUUGUGGAUAUACAACAAGCAGCAGCUGAAGCGUUGCACGCAAUCCUCCAAGACUCACACAAAUCUGAAAUCGAUGCAGUCAUAGUUCUCUUGUUAAAUAUAUACAAUGAAAAGAAUGUUAUGAUACCUGCAAGACUUGAUAGCCUUGGUAGAGUUGUUGAUCAGCCUAUUGAUACCUGGGAGCCAAGAAGUGGUGUGGCACUAGGUCUAGCUAAAUUAGCACCACUACUUUCAACAGAUAAUAUUUCUGAAUUGGCAAAAUUCUACGUGGGAAAAGGCCUUGGCGAUAGGCAUGCCACUGUUCGCAAUAACAUGCUUGCUGCUGCUCUAGCUGCUGUUGACCUGCAUGGAAAGGAUACUGUUAACAUUCUGUUGCCAAUUUUGGAACCGGUUCUUGAUAAAGGCCCAGAUUGUAGUAGUUAUGAUGCUGUGAGACAGUCAGUUGUCAUCUUAAUGGGAAGCCUUGCUCGUCAUCUGGAUAAAGAUGAUAAAAAAAUUAAACCUAUUGUGGCAAAACUUAUAGACGCACUUUCUACACCUUCCCAGCAGGUGCAAGAAGCUGUUGCGAACUGCUUGCCAGCACUUGUGCCCAGCAUAAAAGAAGAAGCUCCAGGGCUCGUUCAGAGACUUUUAGAUCAGCUUUUGAAGUCUGAAUCCUAUGGGCAAAGGAAAGGCGCAGCUUAUGGACUGGCAGGGAUAGUUAAAGGGAUGGGUAUUCUAGUCUUAAAACAACUCGAUAUAAUGACGACUUUGACAACUGCGAUCCAGGACAAGAAAAAUUACAGACACAGAGAGGGAGCCUUAUUUGCCUUCGAGAUGCUCUGUAGUGUGCUCGGGAGGCUUUUUGAGCCCUAUAUUGUUCAUGUCCUACCCCAUCUCCUGCUGUGUUUUGGAGACAGCAGUCAGUACGUUCGCGAUGCCACCGAUGAUUGCGCCAAAGUUGUAAUGAGCAAACUAUCAGCCCACGGUGUUAAGCUCGUGCUUCCAUCUCUUCUCGCAGCGCUUGAAAAAGAUUCUUGGAGGACGAAAACAGGGUCUGUAGAAUUAUUGGGUGCCAUGGCAUUCUGUGCCCCAAAACAGUUAUCUUCAUGCCUUCCGAGUAUUGUACCCAAACUAAUUGAAGUUCUGAGCGACUCCCAUGUAAAAGUACAAAAUGCUGGUACCGAAGCUCUUAAACAAAUUGGAAGCGUAAUACGUAAUCCUGAAAUUCAAGCUAUUGUCCCAAUUCUUCUUGAGGCAUUGCAAGACCCAUCUAACAAAACGGCCAUGUGUCUUCAGACGUUGUUGGACACUCAGUUCGUCCACUUCAUCGAUGCACCUUCACUAGCUUUGAUUAUGCCAGUAGUCCAAAGGGCUUUUAUGGACCGUUCGACUGAAACAAGAAAGAUGGCAGCUCAGAUUAUCGGAAAUAUGUAUUCACUUACAGAUCAGAAAGAUUUAACACCUUACCUACCAACAAUAAUACCCGGGCUUAAAACAUCCCUUCUUGAUCCUGUACCAGAGGUACGAAGUGUAUCAGCAAGAGCUCUUGGGGCUAUGGUCAGGGGUAUGGGUGAAGCCAGUUUCGAAGAUCUUCUACCAUGGCUCAUGAAGACUCUGACAUCGGAAUCAAGUUCUGUAGACAGAUCUGGUGCAGCACAAGGGCUGAGUGAAGUCGUAGGAGGUUUAGGAGUAGAAAAACUUCACAAACUUAUGCCUGAAAUUAUCAGUACUGCUGUUCGAGCCGACAUCGCCCCUCAUGUCAAAGAUGGCUACAUCAUGAUGUUCAUAUACAUGCCAGUCGUCUUUACCAAUGAAUUUACGCCUUACAUUGGUGAAAUUAUAAUUCCAAUCUUGAAAGCGUUAGCAGAUGAGAAUGAAUAUGUAAGGGAUACGGCUUUAAAGGCCGGCCAGCGUAUUGUAAACCUUUACGCAGAUUCUGCUAUAACUCUUCUCCUGCCAGAACUUGAAAAGGGGCUUUUUGAUGAAAACUGGAGAAUUCGAUAUAGCUCUGUCCAGCUCCUUGGUGAUCUGCUGUACAGGAUAUCAGGAGUUUCAGGUAAAAUGAGUACUGAAACUGCCAAUGAGGAUGACAAUUUUGGCACUGAACAAUCUCAUAAGGCUAUUAUCGGGGCUUUGGGUGCUGAAAGGCGAAAUCGUGUCCUUGCCGGUUUGUACAUGGGGAGGUCCGAUGUUGCUCUUAUGGUUCGCCAAGCCGCCCUGCACGUUUGGAAAGUCGUCGUGACAAAUACGCCUAGAACACUGAGAGAAAUCCUUCCCACACUUUUCAACCUGCUCCUUGGCUGUUUAGCUUCGACAAGCCACGAUAAAAGACAGGUUGCUGCGAAAACACUUGGAGAUUUGGUAAGGAAAUUAGGGGAAAGAGUUCUGCCAGAAAUUAUUCCGAUUUUAGAAAAAGGGCUUGAAUCGGAAAGGGCAGAUCAAAGACAAGGUGUCUGUAUUGGUUUAUCUGAAAUGAUGGCAUCUACUUCACGAGAUAUGAUUCUUACUUUCGUCAACAGUCUCGUACCUACUGUGAGAAAAGCGUUGUGCGAUCCUUUGCCUGAAGUGCGACAAGCUGCAGCGAAAACCUUUGACAGUUUGCAUUCAACCGUAGGAGUCCGGGCCCUUGAUGACAUUUUGCCACCAAUGCUGCAGCAACUUAAUAACCCAGACCCUUCGGUUGCUGAAUGGACACUAGACGGAUUGCGACAGGUGAUGGCUAUAAAAUCGAGAGUCGUACUGCCUUACUUGGUGCCACAGUUGACAGCUCCACCAAUAAACACAAAAGCGCUUUCCAUCCUCGCUUCAGUCGCAGGGGAAGCCCUUACAAAAUAUCUUAACAAAAUUCUACCGGCUUUACUGACUGCUCUGGCAGCUUCUGACUGUUCUACUCAGGAAUUAGAAUUUUGCCAGACUGUCGUACUUUCAGUACUUGAUGAGGCUGGUAUCUGUGCAAUAAUAACGCAGUUAUUGGAAGCGAUUCGAAGCGAGAAAGUAGAAACGAGAAGAGCAUCAGCAACUCUCAUUUGUGCUUUUUGUACCCACACAAGAGCUGACUAUAGUCAGCACGUUCCACAAUUACUCAGGGGACUUAUCAUCUCAUUUACUGACAAUGAUGCCACAGUUCUUCAAAUGUCCUGGGAAGCACUUUCAGCUGUUACAAAAUCUCUAGAUGCUUCGCAACAAAUUCAAUAUGUUUCUGAUAUCAGGACAGCGGUAAAAUUUGCAGUCAGCGAUCUCAAAAACGGCGAAACCCUUUUACCUGGUUUAUGUCUUCCUAAAGGAAUUACCCCAGUCCUUCCUCUUUUCCGUGAAGCUAUUCUUAAUGGCUCUCCAGAAAUCAAAGAGGCAGCAGCUCAAGGUCUGGGAGAAGUCAUUUCUCUAACUACUGCCCAGUCGCUUCAGCCGUCAGUGAUAAACAUAACUGGACCUUUAAUCCGUAUCCUUGGAGAUAGAUUUCCACCAACAGUUAAAGCUGCAGUACUUCAUACACUUGCCAUCCUUCUUGGAAAGGUUGGCAUGAUGUUGAAACAAUUCUUACCUCAACUGCAAACAACAUUUUUGAAAGCACUAAACGAUAGCAACAGGCUCGUAAGGCUCAAAGCAGCAACAGCGCUUAGCUACCUCAUUACGAUACACACAAGGCCAGAUCCACUUUUCAUCGAACUUCACAAUUCUGUCAAGAAUGCUGAAGAGCCUGCUGUGAGAGAAACGAUGAUGCAGGCUUUACGAGGGGUAGUGAGUGCUGCUGGAGACAAAAUGUCAGAAUCCGUACUCAAAACUAUUUAUGUCUCUCUUCUGUCGAUGCUUUCCCAUUCUGAGGACACCACACGAUCCGGUGCUGCUGGUUGUGUUGGUGCCUUCAUUAGGUGGCUUCCGGAUGACAUGUUACCAUCGACGAUGAGCGACACCCUUUUAGUUGAUGAUGUAUCGAUUGAUUGGACUUUGAGACACGGAAGAAGUGCUACUUUGUUCGUGGCGAUGAAGGAAGCGCCAAAUAGGAUUAUUGUACCUGCUUACGAGCAAAAAGUUCAUAAAGUUCUUUUAAGCUUUUUAGCAGCGGAUAGGGUACAAAUUGUAAUGAAUGGUGUCAGAGGUUGCGGUUAUCUUUUUGAUCACCUAAUGAACAAAGGGGAUCCUCUUCCCCAACCCUUGUUAUCCCAGUUUGUCAGGGCGAUGAACCAUAGCAGCAAUGAAGUGAAACAAUUGGUAGCAAAAGUAUGCUCAUUCUUAGCCCACUCUCGUGAAAUCACAUCGACUGAAUUUCUCAAAACUGCCAUACCAAUGUUGGUGAAUGGGACCAAAGAGAAAAACAGCUAUGUCAAGGCCAAUUCAGAAUUCUCUUUGGUCAAUGUACUUAGGCUAAGACAGGGAGACGAUAAGCUGCAGGCAACAAUUCAGCUUCUCGAUGCUGGUGCAAGCGAAGCAUUGAGUGAUGUGAUAACCAAAGUGUUGAGAAAGGUUGCAGUUCAACCAGAGGGGAAGUACGAGGAGUUGGAUGACACCUUGCUCAUCUGAUCGACAUACUAUUCCAAGACUGCAUUACCUACUCGGGGGAUUGGCUAAUCCAGCCUCAUGAGAAAUAUCUCUGUUGUCAUUUUUCUACACUCUUCGUUAAUUAUCUAGAUUUACGAAAGGCAAUCUCGUAAGAGUUGAACUUUUAAUCUAAUCUGUCACCGUCAUCAGAAAUAAAGGCAAGUUGCUAAGCUAUCCGUUCAACUACCCUUGAGUUCACAAAAAUCGGAAAAUCAAUUAUACAUUUGUUAAUAUUAUGUUUAUAAAACAUUUAUUUCUUUUGUAUUAGUUUUUGUUGUGUACUACGAUUGUUACGUUUUAUUUGCAUUUUGUUUGUCUUCCUUUCAGUUUGAUUAAAAUCAGAAAUGCGCCAUAUUCUGAGGCUUAGCUUGUGAACUAGUCAAUAGAGGGUGAUAGCAUAUUAGCCUGCCUUAUUUAUCGUUUAGGUUACAUAUUUAUUUUAUACUGAAAUAUUUUUAUUAUGGUAAAUGGUAAUGUUCAUACGGAAAAUUAUUAGAAAAUGCUUGGAGGCUCAUAUUGAGUAUCUUCAGAGAACCAUACACACAAUGUGCUGCUUCUUUUAUUAAAUAAAGAGCACUUUUAUAGCCAGCUGCUUAAAUUCUAAAAUAUUGAGAUGUAAAAUAACAAACUCAAAAUUUUCAUUACAAAAAAAAUUAUAUGUAUCAUAAAAAGAAAAAAAAAGUGAAGGGAAAUAAUUUCUGUUGUGAUUAUUCCUACUUUGUAAAUUCUAUUAAAUAAGUUAAUAACAUA